AUGGGCUUCCAUUCGCACCGGCUCCUCGGAUUCGCGCUCUUCGUCGGCCUCGUCGUCGGUGCCAGAGCUGCGCACACGAACGCAUCCUCUCGGCCCAUACUCGCCAUGCACGUCAUGAAGGCCGGCGGCACGGCGCUGUGCAAGUCCGCCUGCCAGCAAUUCAAUGGCAAGCAUACCAACUACAAUUGCCGCCUCGACGCUCCCAUCGCCUUGGACUACCUGAAGGCCUUGGACGGCCACGAGCCGACCUUGAACGGCAAAAAGAGGGUAUGGAAAUGCCCCUCCGUCGUGGGUCCGAACGUCACGGCCGAGCGCACGUCCCAGGCGAUGACGGCGAACAAAGCGCUGUGCAACACGAUCAUGAUCGAGCCCGGCUGGCGCUUCGACGACUGCGCGAAGACGGUCUUGGACGCCGUCGUCGCGCGGCCCGCGCAUUCAAGCAUGUGGACGAGCUACACGUGGCUCCUGCUCGUGCGUGACCCCCUCGAGAGGUUCGUCUCGUACGCCGCCAUGGGCCUCGGCGCCCAUCGACUCAACUCGGCCGAGCUCAAGGACGUGCUCCGCGAAGAGUCCCAGCCGGGCGAAUCGUAUUACAUCCUGACGGAGCUCGUCGGCGUGAGGACCGUCGACCGGAAGCACAACGCGCGCCCGAAGGGCGGCCCGCUGUCCGUGGCGCCGGUCAGAGGCGAGUGGGCGUACGCGAAGGCGCGCGGCUACGACCUGUCGCUCGAAGACAGGCGGCUCCUGCGCCUCGCGAACGUGUGCGACCUCCACGUCGUCGACAAAGCGAACCGGAUGAUCACGGAGCUCGCGGCCGCCUACGGCUAUCAACCUCCUCGCGUCAACCACGCAUAA